AUGAAGCUCUUAAUAUCAGUCAAGAAUAAAAUGGGCUUUCUCAAUGGAUCUAUUCCUAAGCCUUCAUCCAUGGAUGUUUCCCUCUUUAAUGCCUGGGUUCAUAACAACAACAUGGUAAUUUCUUGGAUCCUUAACUCUAUUUCUAAAGACAUUUCAGCGAGUAUCCUAUAUGAUGAAUCUGCGGCAGAGAUUUGGCAAGAUUUUAGAGUUAGGUUUCAUCGUCGAAAUAGGCCAUACAUAUUCAAUCUAAGGAAAGAAUUAAUGAAUCUUAAGCAAGAUGUGCAAACAGUGAGCAUGUACUAUACAAGACUGAAAACAAUUUGGGAAGAACUUUCAAGUUAUAGACCAAAUUGUACAUGUAACAACUGUAUGUGUGGUGGAGUUAAGAAAUUACAGGAGCACUACCACAUGGAGUACAUCGUGUCAUUUAUCAUGGGUCUCAAAGAUUCAUACUCCCAAAUACGCGGAAACAUUCUUCUCAUGGAUCCACUUCCAGAUCUUAGCUGA